AUGGCGUCGAAACAGGAAGGAGUAAAGAAUUUCGUACGGCGAGCUGUUAUCGUGACAGACCCACAGAAAGCUGUCACGGAGUUCUUUUUGUCUAAGCAAGAAGACCGGAAUAUUAAAAAGUAUCCCGAAUGGGAUAAACCAAGAAGUUUUCCGGCGUCGAAAGUGGUGAGGGCACAUUCUGAAUUGGAAAAGAUCAAAGAGGUAUUGCGCGCGAAAUGGGCCGAACAAGAGGAAAAGCGGGAAUACAUGGACGAACAGUGGGAAGGGAUGAGGCAGCGGGAAUUAAUUUUUCGAGAGUCGUUUAUAAAGUUCAAUAGAUUUGUCAGGGAGAAUCAGGAGAAACGGGAUCGGGCGGAAGUUAGAAUUAAAGAAGAACGCGAGCGUCAACGGGGACGACAGGAAGAAAUCGAGGACUUGACCAAAAAGCUGAGUCACUUGAUAAACGUUCGAGAAAAAAUGAAGGAAUACGUAGAGAAACAUAAAAAGUAUCAAAAUUAUUUAGAGAGAGUGAUCCUCGAGACAGGGGAGUUCCAAUCGAUCAACGAGAUCUUUAAUCGUUACGAGACUUUAAUCGAGGCAAGAUUGAUAUUGUCCGAGCAUCAAGACAAGAACCUUCAAGCGUUGGAGGAGACGGGAACGGAAAUAUAUCAAAUGACUGACAUAAAGAGUCAAAAGUUUAUGGGACUGAACACUAAAUUGGCGAAACUGCAGGGUAGGCAGGACAGAGCGGAAGCGAAAGCUCUGAAAUGGGAAACGAUCGUGUCGAAAAUAAAAGCGAGCGCCGCGGAGAAAAAUUUGAGGCACACUCAGGUAAAAACGUGUUGCUGGAAUUUGUACCAGCAGAUCUGCAAGAGAAAGGGUAUACCUGUUAGCGUGGGCAAGGAGGAUGUCGAGCAACAGCUGGAUCACAUUAAACGAACUAUUCUCGAAUUGAAGCGGAUCAUCAAAGUCGCGAAGAAACGUGCGAUGAAGGAAGUGGAAUCAUAA